AUGAAUGGACUCAUACUACUUAAUGGUAGAACCCCCAGCGACUCUCCUGCCCAACAUACCUUCUGUUCCUCGGCAGGCAAAUCAGUAAUCGACCUGGUAUGGGCCAAUCUCACUGGCAUCCAUCUCAUUAACGACUUGCAGAUCCUUCCCGAAGGCACCCUGUCAGAUCAUUUCGCUGUAGAAGUUACUCUCAACAUAUCCCUCGCUUCUCCUCCUGUUUCCCACUCCACCAUCUCUUCCCUCUCCCCCCCAAAGCUGAGAUGGAACCCCCAGGCUCAAGAAGCUUAUACAUCCAACAUGUUAAUGUCACAAAACCUAAAAACCACCUAUGAAACAGCUACGACUGAUUUCCUACACACUAACCUCGUCACAGCAAUUACAGCUGCCGCCAAAGAGCUUGAAAUGAUAACAAAGAAUAAACAAAACAUUUUACAAGCUAAUUCUAACAAGCCUUGGUUCGACAAAGAUUGCCGGGACGCUAAGAAAAAACUAAACCGAGCCCUGAAAACAGCCAAAGCUGCUAAUUUUAAUUUACCUGAAACCAAUGAAUAUUUGAAAGACAAAAAAACUUACAAGGAACUGAUUUCCGCCAAACUGAAGUCCUACAAGCUCACAGUCGUCCAGAGAUUUUCCGACAUCAGUAAUACCACACAAUUUUGGCGUACAUAUAAUAGUUUUAAAAUACGCACCCACUCGCCUUCUCUACCUCUUGACACCUGGAUUGAGUUUUAUAAAAAUGUUUAUCCACCAAGAAUAACCGACAACAGCUCCUUUUUUGGAGUCACGAAUCCCAUACUUGACACAUCAAUCACUUACGACGAAAUUUACAACUCUAUUUCUGCUCUGAAAAGCGGUAAGGCACCCGGGCCAGACACGAUCACAGGAGAAUUUCUAAAAAAUCUUCCAGCCAACUGGCUCCUCUAUAUUCAAUCGUGGUUCAAUAAAAUUCUUGACACUGAACACGUCCCAAGUAAUUGGGCUCGAGUUGCUAUGUUCAUGUUAUUUAAAAAAGGAGACCAGUCCGAUCCCAGUAAUUAUCGCGGUUUAGCAAUGAUAAAUGUUUUAACUAAAGUAUUCACUACAAUUUUAAAAAAUAGACUGAUAAACUGGAUCGACCUGACUGGUGCCUUGCCCGAGGAGCAGGCGGGUUUUACAACAAAAAAGAGUUGCACUGACAAUAUUUUCUCGCUUUUAUCCGCCCUUCAAAUAGGGCUAAGAAACAAAAAGUGUCGUCUAUAUGGUCUCUUCGUGGAUUUCAGGAGAACCUUCGACUCCGUGCCUCACAGCGCCCUCUGGAGGAAGCUAUUCUUCCUCGGUGUUAGUUAG